UCUCUCCUUCCCCGUCUUCGCUCCCCCCUCGAGUCUGCUAUUCGUUCUCCAUCGACAAACACAUCACCAUCUACUACUUGCCAUCCGCCAUCAUGCACUUCCUUCAGGGCCACCAUCCAACGAUCAUAGAUGGGUAUUGGACCUGGGAAAUUGGCAAUGUCCCAUCGGGUCCCACGUCACUCGACAUCAGGCUGGACAUGCUCCUCUUCAGCCCUUCUUCUGAUGAUCUCCCGCAGGAUCAACCCACCGAGAUCCAGAUCGAUCAGUAUCUGCGAGACAAGACCAGCCCUUCGUACAAGCACUUGAGAGCCAGGUAUUGGCAACUCAUUCUGCCACUUGUCCGAGCAAAAUACGAGUCAACUCGGAAGCGCUAUACUCCAAUUCCCUUUGUAGUAUAAAUCCGUCACCCCUUUUCAGCAAAGGGGCUGCCCGUUUCAAGCCUCAACCCCUGGCUCAUGUCCGGCCCGGCGUGAUACCUCUGUGCGAGUCACGGACUUGGUCAAAUACAACUGGAUGCGGAGCAAGGGGCACAUUGUCGCUUGACCCCGACUACCACUUCACAAAGCGAUUUCCCACGAUAGUGCAAUGCAGCUGAUGCGAUUCAAUCGGCAAGACACUGUGUUUAUUGUUUUCCAGGGUCUGUUGUUACACCCACCUGGAGGUGCUUCGGCCACGAUCUUGUACCAGGGAACACGAGGAAUUUCGGACAUGUACAAUACAUGAAAGUAAUGUACUGAGGGGCCAUCUGAGUUUGGCAAGGUUAGCUGGGCUCUGGUCCAAGGAAAACAAUCCAGUAUUAUACAUCUCGUUUCAGCUG